AUGCCACGCAAGCAAAGAGCAUUAUCUUCAGCCCGUAGAAAUGUUAAAGCGGCUUCCCAUGCAGCAGCAGCAGCAGCAGCAGCUGCAGCAGCAAAAGAAGAUGCAGCGCAGCGAGACAGCAACAACACCUGCAGCAAACUAUGCCGCAGCGGCAGCGAGGAUGCUGCUGUUGCUGCUGCUGGAGGCAGCAGCAACAGCAACAGCAACAGCAACAACAGCAGCAGCAGCAACAGCAACAGCAGCAGCAGCAGCGCAGCAGAAGCAGCACAUUUUAAGGCUCUUCUUCAGGCUCUAGAAGGCGUAGCAGCAGAAAGAAAAAGACGAAGCAGACGAGUAGAUUCACAAGAGUUGCUGCUGCAGUUUAUGCAUCAUAUAUCUUCACCUGCAAUGGAAGAGCUGCAGCGGCAGCAGCAGCAGCAGCUGCUGCUGCAGCAGCAGCAAGGAGAGCAGCUCGAAAUAAACAGCAGCAGCAAUGAAUUGUCUCUUCUGCGAGGUGCUAAGUGGCAUGAAGCAGCAUGGGUCUCCUUGCUGCAGCAAGCACUGCAGCAGCCAGCAGCAGCAACAGCAACAACAGAAGAUACACCUGAAGCAGCAGAAGGCGCAGCAGCAGCAGCAGCAGCAGAAGUAGGAGCGGAUGCAGCGGACUGCAGCAAGGCUGAAGACGGCGAGGCAGCCUGGCUGGCGCAGCAGCAGCAGCAACAACAGCAGCAACAGCAGCAGCAGGAGGCAGAGCAGCAGCAAGAGCGUGUAGCAGAAGUAGGAGUGAUGUUUGCAGCGCAGCAGCAGCAGAUGUAUCUCUCGCUGCUGCUGCUGCAGCAGCCCGAUUGGGUGCCCGGUGCUUUUGCUGCUCUUGAUGAUUUGCUGCCUCUUGCUACAGAGGAGAGUCCUGUAUUAGCAGCAGCAGCAGCAGCAGAUGCAGCAGCUGCUGCAGCAACCCCACAGCAGCAGCAGCAGCAGCAGCAGCAACUCGGGGCAUUUGUUGCAGCAACAGAAGCAGAAGCUGCUUCUCUGCGAGAAAAAUACUUCAAGACAGUAUUUGAUGUAGCAGGUAAAAUAAAGUAA